CAGAGCCUUGUGUGUAUGGAGGUCUAGGGUUUUACAUGAACUGCCUGGUACUCUAAUACCCAGUGGUACUGCUGGUACUGUCUCUAACAGUCUAAUACCCAGUGGUACUGCUGGUACUGUCUCUAACAGUCUAAUACCCAGUGGUACUGCUGGUACUGUCUCUAACAGUCUAAUACCCAGUGGUACUGCUGGUACUCUCUCUAACAGUCUAAUACCCAGUGGUACUGCUGGUACUGUCUCUAACAGUCUAAUACCCAGUGGUACUGCUGGUACUGUCUCUAACAGUCUAAUACCCAGUGGUACUGCUGGUACUCUCUCUAACAGUCUAAUACCCAGUGGGACUGAUGAUACUGUCUCUAACAGUCUAAUACCCAGUGGUACUGCUGGUACUGUCUCUAACAGUCUAAUAAUGGCGUGGCUGAUGCUCACUGCCAACUGUCACCGCUGGUUCUUACUGUGAUACUCACCUACUGGUACCCACUCAUAAUCUGAAACCACUGGCACUCACUGAAAUACCUACUGUCACUGCUGGUUCUCACUGUUGACUCGCUAAAUGGAACAGCUGUUACUCACUGGGAUACUCGCCCCCUGGCACCACUGACACUCUGACACUACGGUACUCACUGGCAUUACUAAUACUCUUAUACCUACUAACACCACUGGGAAUCACCCUGACUAUGGCAAAUAUCAAUUGGCACCUGUGGUACUCACUCUGAUACUCUAAUACUCUCUCUGACACCCUAAUGCUCUGGUACUCUGGCCUUGCAAUGCUGCUACUAAAUCCCUUCAAAGCUACGCUAUUAAUCCCCUGGCUUCUCUGACAUUCACUGAACCCGCAGUACUAACUCCAAUACUCUGAUACUCAAUACCUGGGGUUACUGACAGUGGGAUGAAUUAAUCCUCUGGUACCUCACGCUGCUCCUUACUCUGCUGAGCUGACACUCUCUGGGGUACUGUAUUACUCACUGCCGCCUCUGAUACUCACAAGUACUUACACGGGGUUCACUGGGGCUCUCUGAUACUCUGAUACUCACACUCUGGGAGUAACAAUUGAUUAAUCCACUGCUGAUACUGUCCAGCACUCAAUACUCUGGUACUCACCCAGUGCUGAAACUGAAUGGAAAUGCUCUGCUCUGUUACUCACUGGGACUCUGUAACAUUCUUUUGGUACCUUCCAGGGCUCUCUAAUACUCUGCUGUUACUCACUGGUACCAAAUAAUAGUGUUAUUAGAGUACCAGGGAAGUUCUAAAGCCUGAGAGUCACUGGCUGCAGAGGGGUUAAUGCUCCAUUAUGGACAGAGAGUGUUGCCUGGUUACUAGGGAAGUUCUGACCCCUGAGAGUCACAGCCACCGCGGGGUUAACAUUCCCUCAUUCCCAGAGAGUGUCAGGUUGCAGUUGGCAGUUGUGGGGUUAAUAUUUCCAGCCCAGGGCAGGUCAGUGCAAGUGGAAAUGCAGUUCCACCUUAAGUGCCCUCGGGUAGGGGCGGGGCAGGCUGGAGGGGGCGGAGCUGGGCGCUGGGCACAGACAUGGGAGGGACAGACAGACAAGGAAGCCUGGGAAGUUCUGUUGUCAGAGGGAUCUCACCCGCCAGGUGCAGGAGGGCACCCAGAUGCCACCAUGCCAGACCCUCUGUACAGUGAGCGCCUCCUGCAGGACACGCCCUAUUUAACAAGGAUCGGGCGGCUGAGCGAGCGAGUGACUGACAGGAUCAUCCUCCAACUGAACCGCGUUUAUCCACAGAUCCUCUCCAACAAGGAGGCCGAAAGGUUCCGGAACCCCCAGACCCCUCUGCGGACGAGACUAUCAGACCUGCUGACCCACCUGCAUAGGAAGGGGGACCGGGAAUGCCAGGAAUUCUACCGGGCCCUACGGAACAACGCGGAUAAGGUUUAUGCCACUUUGCCAAGCAGGGAAAAUCUGCAGAGGGUGGAGCCAGAGAUCAGCCCCCAGCAGGAGAAGAUUAUAUUAAACGACAGGGGGCCGGUGUUUUUCUUGGCUUGUUUUAGCGCUGCCGCCGGGCUGGCCUUCCUGCUGUACUGCAACAGCCCAGAGACGAGAUCCAAUGGCGCCAGGAAGGUGUUUGGUUACACGGCUCUCGGCUUCGGGCGGCACAUCAGGAAUAUUCUGAUAUCCUUCCUGGAGGAGCCAAUGAGUGAAGCCCUACCUAGAGUGGGCCCUUAGGGGCCCCGAGCUGCUCACUACUCUGCACUUUUCUGCCAAAACAUGGGACUUUGGGAAAUAGGGCUGUGGCCUCCAGUCACUAUACAGAUAUACAGUAUAUAUAUAUAUAUUUACCAAUGA